AUGAAUUGCGUGCCACUUGAAGGCGCUUUACAGGCGGCUAUGGCCAGUUCAUCAGGGAGCGAAUCUGAACGAAAAAAGAGCAGUCUGAUAGCCACUGAGAAGAAAAUGUCUUCAUUAGAACUGUCGGGUUGCAAUUAUUACGAGCAAUACCUUAGCCUAGUGGGUGCUACAAUGGAAGGGGCUCUCAGUGGUUGUGUUGACAACUUGGCUGACCGAGCUAAAUGUCAAUGUCCCUUCAAGUGCUCUUCUGGAUCCGUUGAGGAAGGGGGGAACCCGGAUAAAGCUGUUUUUUUACAAGAAUCGAACCAACUGCAAUGCGUUACAAAUGUCUACGACAUGAAAACAGCAACGGCAUGUAUUGAGCCUAAUUCUCAUUUAGCAUGUCCUCAAUUAUGUGAUAGGGCCCAUACCCAAAAGGAGCAUAUUACAUCCACUCUGAUGCACGAGGAUGUCCACUCAAAUUGCAACACCAGAGUCAACGUGCAAGGCAACCACGCAAAUGUCUCGCUCUCGGGUAGUAGUAACUUCCAGCCCCUCCCAUCAUCCCUACGAAUGCAAACGCUUGCGAUAACCUCCUAUGAAAAUGAUGCGGUGUCAACCUUGCUGCUCCAUCCGAGCAUCCCUGCUUGGCAGGACGCCAAUCUACGGACUGCCUUUGAAAAACAGGCGGUCACUGUAAAGCUUCAGUUUGAGAGAGUGAGACUGAUUAUGUAUUACUUUUUUUCAUGCUACAAGUUGCUUUUCCGGAGACUUGCAACGCCAGAGCGUAUCAACAUAUUUAGACGCUUGGUAACCGUCUUUGGUGUGCCCGAAAAUGAUAUUCUGGAGAAUUUGGCCGCGCGCUGUGUGAUUAGACAUAUCAAACAGCACGAAGAAGCCAGGGCCCUCUUGGAGAUGCAAUCCCAUGGAGAAAGGGACAAACAGCGAGCGAUGCUAAAGCGUCAAGAUUGA